AGUUUUGUGUACUGUGACCUAGCUACCAAACCGGACAUCCACUGUCAGCGCAAAUAUUAUAUUUUGAUGAUUUAACGACGUUUUUAUCAAUCCACACAACCUGUGAACCUGUAAACAUUGUCCAGGGGCCUUGUCCAUCAUGUCUGCCGUGGUGACGACCGAGGUUCCCGGCGUGAACGCCGCCAUAGAACACAUGAUGGAGCUGAAGGGGAGGAUGAAGAGUGAGAAGUUCGGGUUUGAGGAGCCUGACGUUGGACACUUGGAUGUGGUGGCGGCGGCGCUCAAGGAGUUGGAUGACGAACGACUCAAAGUUCACGAUAUUCUCGAAGUCGAGACUAUCAAAGCCAGCAUCCUCAGGCAUCAGCUCAUGUUCCUCCCAGAACAGAUCAAGGCUGAAAUUGCACAAGAGGUGCAGUCAGCUCGGGACUCCAAUGCUGCAGAGAUGAACAGACUAAGAACCCAGCUUCAGAACCUCACACAGUCCAUAGAGGAGCUGGAGAAGAAGGCUCAACGACUCAAGAAGGAAAACGAGACACUGCUACCUGAAAGAGACAUUGUCAGGAACCAACAUGACGAGAUCAUCUCACAACUAAACCAGCGGAUGGCCGACAAGGCUGGCAAGCAGAUCACGCUGAACGAAACACGGGAGAAGCUACGAGAGACAAACCAGGAAAUUCUGGAUGUGGAGCAGGCCAUCAUUGAUCUGAAGGAGGACAUGAUAGAAGAGAGGGCUAACGCCAGGCUCGAGAAGAAGCGCCUAAAAGACAACAUCGCCGACACGCAACAGAAGAUCAAAGACCAGAAAGAGGCCAACGAAGGUCUGAAAAAGCAGAUCAACAACUUGAUGGAGGAACUUCUGGAGUCAGACACGAAGAAUGCAGAACAGAAAAAGACCAUCCGGCGGUCAGAAAACAUGGUGGAGCGGCUGGAGAGCCAGGUCAGACAGCUGGAGGAACAAUUGGAGAAGGAGAAACAGGAAAACGUUCAGCUGGACAGAGAAGGGGACCGGCUGAAGGAGGAGUUCGAGAACAUCAAAAAGGACCUGACGGGCAAGAAAGCCGAGCUGCAGAAGAGGUUGCAGGAGUUAGAAGACGAGACAAAGGAGGCACUGGAGGAGAAUCAGCAGGUGGAGUCCCGCCGAGCUCACCUGAAGGCGGAGACUAAGAAGGCCGUAGAGGAGAUGGAGUACAGCGCGGCUAAGCUGGAGGAGCUGAGGGAGAUCUCCAGACAGGGCAAGGCGGAGCUGACACGGCUGGCGGAGGAGAGCGCCCGGCUGAGGAUGGAGAACCAGGAGCUGGAGCAGGGCAUUGAGCAGCUGCAGGAGAACCACAAGGCAGCUGUACAGAUGCUGAACAAACAGGUGGAGGAGUCCAGGGAACAGCUGACCAGGGAACGCAACGACAGGUUUGAACUCCAGUCCAAGAAGUCAGACACGCACAAGGACCUGGAGGAGUUCAGAGCAAGCAGCUCAAGAUUCGUUCCCAACCUGUCCCUGUGUUACCCCACACCACAGGUGCAGUCAGCUCGGGACUCCAAUGCUGCAGAGAUGAACAGACUAAGAACCCAGCUUCAGAACCUCACACAGUCCAUAGAGGAGCUGGAGAAGAAGGCUCAACGACUCAAGAAGGAAAAUGAGACGCUGCUACCUGAAAGAGACAUUGUCAGGAACCAACAUGACGAGAUCAUCUCACAACUAAACCAGCGGAUGGCCGACAAGGCUGGCAAGCAGAUCACGCUGAACGAAACACGGGAGAAGCUACGAGAGACAAACCAGGAAAUUCUGGAUGUGGAGCAGGCCAUCAUUGAUCUGAAGGAGGACAUGAUAGAAGAGAGGGCUAACGCCAGGCUCGAGAAGAAGCGCCUAAAAGACAACAUCGCCGACACGCAACAGAAGAUCAAAGACCAGAAAGAGGCCAACGAAGGUCUGAAAAAGCAGAUCAACAACUUGAUGGAGGAACUUCUGGAGUCAGACACGAAGAAUGCAGAACAGAAAAAGACCAUCCGGCGGUCAGAAAACAUGGUGGAGCGGCUGGAGAGCCAGGUCAGACAGCUGGAGGAACAAUUGGAGAAGGAGAAACAGGAAAACGUUCAGCUGGACAGAGAAGGGGACCGGCUGAAGGAGGAGUUCGAGAACAUCAAAAAGGACCUGACGGGCAAGAAAGCCGAGCUGCAGAAGAGGUUGCAGGAGUUAGAAGACGAGACAAAGGAGGCACUGGAGGAGAAUCAGCAGGUGGAGUCCCGCCGAGCUCACCUGAAGGCGGAGACUAAGAAGGCCGUAGAGGAGAUGGAGUACAGCGCGGCUAAGCUGGAGGAGCUGAGGGAGAUCUCCAGACAGGGCAAGGCGGAGCUGACACGGCUGGCGGAGGAGAGCGCCCGGCUGAGGAUGGAGAACCAGGAGCUGGAGCAGGGCAUCGAGCAGCUGCAGGAGAACCACAAGGCAGCUGUACAGAUGCUGAACAAACAGGUGGAGGAGUCCAGGGAACAGCUGACCAGGGAACGCAACGACAGGUUUGAACUCCAGUCCAAGAAGUCAGACACGCACAAGGACCUGGAGGAGUUCAGAGCAAGCAGCUCAAGGUUUAUGGGAGAAAUGAACCGCCGAAUGGAGGAGGGGAAGAACAAACACGUUCAGCUGACAGAGGAGGGGAAACGGCUACAGAAGGAGACCAUCGAGGACCAGCAGGCCAUCAAGAAACUCAAGUCCAACAUCAAGGUAGCUGAGAAAAGCUACAAGGAGAUGGAGAAAUCUUCGAAAGGAGAGAUCGAAGGUUUGGAACAGAGCGUCAGCAAACUUGAGAAGGGGAUAGAAGACAUCGGUAAGGAGUUAGAGGAGAAGACGCCCAUGUGUGAUACCUUUGAGACGGAGUUUAAGGAGAUCAGUAAGGCAUACGAAGAGAGGAAGAAGUAUGUGGUCCAGAGUAAGAACAAGAAGAGUGGACUAGAGGACUCGGUGAACAGGGCAAAAAGGCAGAUUGAAAAGAUGUCUCACCCGAGAGGAAAGCUACAGGAUGAUCUGAGAAGCGGCAGGGCCUCCGCCUUACAACAACUUAGAGACCAUGCAGCCGAGGUCAAAAGCGUGGAGCAAGACAUCUACGAGUCCGGACGGAAGCUUGAGCAGGUGGUAGAUGAGAACAAGCGGUUCAAGGCAGCGAACAAAAAUCUGCAGAACGAGAUUGUAGGGUUGAAGGAGGAUAUCGAAAGGAAUAAAAGUCAGAGGGAGAGACUAGAGGAGCUCUCAGCUCUGCUGAAGGGGCAGGUAGUGGAGGGCUGGGUCAGCGACGUCGCUGCACAGAAGGAAAGUGCCGAGAGGGACAGUCAGAUCCUGGAGGACAUCUCGUCUUUACAAGAGAAAAGUAAAGAGCGGGAGCAGAAGCUGACCGAUAUCACGUCAAAGCUUGAAGGCGAGCUAGGGUUGCUGGUCAGUUUUCUGGACAAUGUGGCCAGCAGGCGACCGGUGGACACACGGCAGAGCAUGAGGCCCGACGAUGCUGCACCCGUCGACUCCCAGCCUGUUGUUCUGACCAGGACUGGGAGGCGGCAGGUGAAGAGGCCGUCCCUGGCACCUUCUAAUCCUACAGCACCGCUCUCCAACUGGAAACCCUGAGCCCUAUCUGCUGGUCGACUACUGCCAUAUUGUCCAGAAAAUGCCUUUCUAGCGUAGCAAGCUUUCCUGCUUCUGUAUUUCGCUGCAGUAUCUUUUCCACCUUACCUACAAUAUUUGGUCUUCACAGAGGCUUCACAAUAGUAUUUUCCAUCUAAUCCCUUGCUAACAUCUUUGCAGCUUCUAGUGUCAGACCAGGUGUAACCUGUAGCAUGCUAGUAGCUAUUUCACACACCUGACUGUGUUACUGCUUUGCUUUAACCUUUCAUGCUAAAGGCAAACUGUAUGUAGUAAAGCAGCAUACAUUUUCAAACUGUCAUCUACAUUCUUUUCUACUCAAAACUUGCAUACAAUAAAAGAACUGGCCAGGUUGUCUUUGACUUUCGAAUAAAAACUUUAUUACCAACAUGUUUUAAAAAUAUCAAAAGCUGUUCUGAUGCAUACAAAUGUAUUUUAGAACAGAACUUUUUUCCCAGUAUAAAAUAGAUACUGUAACAAUGAUAAUGUCAAUCAACCUGAUAAUAAAUUUAUAUCAACAUGUGGUGUUGCCUGCUGAUUUCCAUUACUGCAUACAUAAAAACUUCUAGGUAUUGUCUCCUUGAACACUCACCAUCUUUAGAUGAACAAGGGCAGUAAAAAACAAACAAAAAACAUUUCCUAUUUCUACAUUCUGAUAUCAACUUGCUUUAUACAUACAAAUUAAAUGUAAUUAAAAUCUUCAAGUGAGGUAUUUCAUGUAUCCAUUGUUGUCACACAGAAUUGCAUAGAACUGCUCAGCAAUCAGAAAAAUCAUUAGGUAGAGGGGAAAAAAAUGUGUUUCCUGUUUCAGUCUUGAAAAAAUUAGGGUCGGUAGGUAGGGUUUAUCUUUUUUUUAGACAUUGGCCAGAUCUCUAUAUAGUGAUUCAAUUUAUACAAUACAGUUUAACAAAGUAAAACUCAUAGUUCCAA